AAAAUACUUUCUGUUUUCAACCGGGCUGGCCCUGCUAUUGGGCGAGCCAGGUCACAUGGCCAGGAUUGGCUGCAAUUUAUCCCUGCUCGUCAGUUUAAUAGAGCAAGGUCCCCAUACGCCUGUAUUAUCAGCAAUAUAAGAAUUUUUUAAAAUAAAAAAACGGGGGAGGGAGGGGGAGGAGACUGCAAAUAAUAUUAAUACUGAAGCGAUAUAAAAUAUUGGAAGGGCCUUUAAGAUCAACCGUUCCUUCCCCUCCCAUCCGCCCGCGUUCCCCCCCUCUUUCCCCCUCCCUUUUUUGCACUGGGCCCCUGGAAAAAGCCAUGAAUUUUGAAUUUGAGAGGGAGAUAGGCUUCAUAAACAGCCAGCCAUCGCUAGCGGAGUGUCUGACGUCCCUUCCCGCUGUCCUGGAGACAUUUCAAACUUCAUCAAUCAAGGAACCACCGACGUUAAUUCCUCCUCCUUUAGAACAAACCCUCCUCGGCUUGGAUCCUUCAUCCAGCAACCAGCCUACGCCAAGGAGCCAAAAGAGACCAAGGCAUGGGCAGGCCCAGAGACCCGCGCUCCAGCCUCCUUCCCUGGCAGGAGAAUUCCCCUGGAUGAAGGAGAAGAAAUCCUUCAAGAAAGCCAGCCAGGUCCCUGCUGCUGCUGCUACUACUACUUCUCCUUCCUCCUCCUCCUCCUCCUUGCCUGGAUCUGCCGCGGGUUCUCCUGCAGACGUCCAGGGUUUGUUAGACAACAGCGGGAGCGGCUCUCGACGGCUGAGGACGGCUUACACCAACACGCAGCUGCUGGAGCUGGAGAAGGAGUUCCAUUUCAACAAAUACCUCUGCAGACCCCGCCGGGUGGAGAUCGCGGCUUUGCUGGACCUGACGGAAAGACAAGUGAAGGUCUGGUUCCAAAACCGACGGAUGAAGCAUAAGCGACAAACGCAGCAUAAGGAAAUCCCCGAGGGGGACGCCAGCUUGGAUCAAGGCAGCGAAGAGGUGGAGGAGGAGGAAGAGGAGGAGGGCAACUCUCCAUUUGGAGACGUCCUGGAGAUCCCUUGUCCUUACCCUGCCCGCAGCAGCAGAGAGCCGCCGAGGCCCCCCGCUGGCUACCUGACACCCGCAGAGGAGAGCGCCCCCAACGCAGAGCCAAAUGGGACAGCUGGCGCCCGCUCUUCCUCCUCUUCCUCUUCCUCCCUGGACAAUGCCUUCCUGGAAAGCCAGAAGUCUCCUUUGUUGCCACCAGACCUGAAUAUUUUCUCUGUGGAUUCCUGCCCACAGACCUCAGAAAGGCUUUCUCCCAGCUUCCAGGGGUUCUUAGACAGCCCUGUCAGCUUCUCCGUAGAAGAUCUGGACUUUUUUACAAGCACACUUUGUUCUCUCGAUCUGCCACAUUUGAAUUUCCAGUAAACACCCUCUCCGACAUUCCUUAUCUGCCUUGGGUUAUAUGCCCCUAUAAAUAUACACAGGCAUGCACACACCAACAACUCCCUAUGCCAUGGAAACCGAAAGUACGCUCCCCCCACGCCUGACAGCCCCCUCACACCCCCUCCACACCCCAUUGAAAAAGCAUUUAUUUCGAAAGAGGUUUGUGAGUCACUAGUGGACCCGAACCUAAGAAAUAUUUCUGCCACUUUCUUUUAAAGGAAUCUAUGUUCUGACUGAAUUCAGGUAUUUCUAUCUCGUAUAUAUUUUUAUUCAGACAAUAAUAAAGGGGUGCCACGCUUAAGGAGAUAUUUAUCAGAUAUUAAGGGAGAAAAAUGAGCUCUGGCCUUUGAAAUAUCUUUAGAAGCUCCCUUCACCUUGCAUAAGAAAUCCUCGACUCAAGAAGAAAAUGUCUGUCCGUUUUUCUAAAAAAAAGUGAACUUCUCAGGAAACAAAGCAAGACGUUUAGAUUUAUUAAUUUAAAGAACAAAAUAGGAAGAAGGAAAAAAAAUUAAAAACAACAAGAGCGACGGAGGUUUUGUCCCUUCUUUUUAUGUUUUAGAGGUAGAUUAUUUAUUCAAAUGCUUUAAUAGUAAAAUGCAAAUUAUUUAUUGUACAUUAUUUUCAUAGAUUAAAUAAAUGGCUUUAUAGUAUUAAACGCUGCAUUCCUGUUUUACAUUCACGUUAAAAAAAAAGCAGGAGACUGUAUUUCGUUUUCCUCCCUUUAAAAUUCUUUGAGGUUUUAUUUUUAUUAGCCUUUCGUUUACAUAACAAGAAGAAUUAGGGGCGAUAGCCGCUGAGGAGUAUAAAUAUUUUCAAAGGCUUAAAAAGCUGUACUAAACUUCUUUUUAAAAUCACGUUCUUUUCUCUUUUUAUUAACAUUUUACAAUAUGUAGUAUGAGUAGCAGAGAUCCUGUAUAAUAUUUAUAAUGCUAAAAAAACAACAACCAACAAAACACCUCACUUUGGAAAUAUUUCAGUUGAUGCGUGUUAAUAUAUGAUUUGUUCUUGAGAGGUGCGGGGGGGGGGGCGACCACUCUGAGCAGGGCCACUUUUAUUUAAAAAGCAUCUAGUUAACUGACCCAGCAUAAACCAGAAAGGGAAUGGAAAGUAAGGGGCACAAUUUGUUAUCAAAAAGAUUAUUAUUGUUGUUGCAAUUAUUAUUAUUACAAAAUAUCAGUAAUGCCCAAAGUUUCUAUGUCCCCCCUUUUUUUGCUAAAUUAGGUCACCCCUCCGUUGUAAAAAAAGAAAAGAAAAUAAGAACAAAAAAGCCCCUUAUCCGCAAUGUCUCAGGAUAAGGGAAAGGAGAGAAAGAGAGAGAAGAAAUAAUUCAAUAGGUGGGCGCAGUACAGAUUUUAGAAUAUCUUUUCCGUGGUUUUUACACGUCACCUCGAGAGGAGAAACAGGCGUCUGUUCUCCAGAUUUUUUUUAGCGAUGUGGAAGAAAGGGGUGUUCCAAAUUUAGGGACACGCAGAGGAACGGAGAAAAAAAAUUCAGACGUGAAAAUAGGAAAUUUCCUAUGCAGAGAAGGCUAUUCAAUCGACUAAUUCAAGCUCCCCACGUACAUAGACGAAAUAAAAGACCCUUCUGUCUGCCUUUUAGAUUCGGAAUUAACGAUUGGUUGUGCCUAUGCCUAUUCAACUCAUAAGGACCUUUAUUUCUUAGCCCUAAUUUUAUUUUAUUUUUUUAAACCAAACCCUAUCUUAAAAGUGGGUGGCUUGUGGCGGGGUUGGUGGCGGAGGCGAGUUUUGCUGGGUUGCGAAUGGCAAACGGUCAGAGAAGAGGGAUCGCCGGCCGUGUGUGUGACAUGCACAAUGUUAACACACACAUACACAAAUAAAUCAUAUUACGUCUCUGCUAAGUCACCGGUAUUUCCCCUAACAUGGCAGGAUUUUGGGAGGCGUUCAAGUCGCAUUUGUGGGCCAAAGUAACACACUGAGA